CCCCUCCUCCCGACAGAUGAGUUUCACACCUGCGAAGGCUCUUCCUCCACCGCCACCACGCCCCCCUCCUCUACCAGCGUGGGCCGCAUGCGCUGCGUCAUCUGCCACCGCGGCUUCAACUCCCGCAGCAACCUGCGCUCGCACAUGCGCAUCCACACGCUCGACAAGCCGUUCGUCUGCCGCUUUUGCAACCGCCGCUUCAGUCAGUCGUCCACGCUGAGGAACCACGUCCGGCUGCACACCGGCGAGCGGCCCUACAAGUGUCACGUCUGCCAGUCCGCCUACUCCCAGCUGGCGGGGCUGCGCGCGCACCAGAAGAGCGCCAGGCACCGACCCACCGGGGAGCAGGCGGCCCAGGGGGGAGGCGUGGUGAUGGUGGGGGGAGGAGGCGUGGGAGGAGGAAGCCACGCGGCCAACCCACGUCCUCCUCCACCGCCGCAGCUAACUGUCAUGCCUCACCCGGCGUCGCUGGUUCACCAUAUACCAACCAUGGUACUGUGAUGGAGACAGACAGACAGACAGGCAGGUGUGAGACAGACAGACAGGAAACGAAUCAAAACGAGCCAGUACUGACUGGAACUACAAACUGAAGAACGUUUAUUGUUUAUUUCCAAACGUAAACUCACACGUCGGUCGGCGUCGCUUGCAUUCACUGAGAAUGAAUCACUCUCUGCAAAUGAAUCACUCACUGAGAAUGAAUCACUCUCUGCAAAUGAAUCACUCACUGAGAAUGAAUCACUCUCUGCAAAUGAAUCACUCACUGAGAAUGAAUC